CAGCGGCAGCGCAGGGCAGCGCUGGCAGAGCGCGGCGCUCGCCCGACCCCCGGGCCGCCCGCGCGCCGGAGUCGGGAUCUGCGACUGGACGCGACGGGCCGCCGCCGGCCCGCACCGCCCGGCCGCCAAGAUGUGCGACUGCUUCCACAUGGUGCUGCCCACCUGGCCCGGAGCCCCCGGCAGCGUGUCUGGCCGGCAGUUGCAGCCUGAGGAGCCAGAUGCAGAAACCGAGGAGGACCACUCUGUGACUGAAGGGCCUGUGGACGAGAUCAUCCGGCCCCGGCCACAGGGGUCCUCACCCGUCUACGAAUGCGUGACUGAGGGUACCAGCUUCAGACUCCCGGAGGACGCGCCGAGGAGGCGGAGGUCCUGGUGGAAGCGGGAUUCAGGGGACUCGCGGACGCUUUCCAGGAUGAGCCAUCCGGAGUCCACGCAAGAGGGGACAGAGGUGACGCUGAAGACUGAGGUGGAGACUGGAGCCAGUGGCUACACUGUCACAGGCGGCGGGGACCAGGGGAUCUUUGUCAAGCAAGUGCUGAAGGACUCCCCAGCCGCCAAGCUCUUCAGCCUGAGAGAAGGAGAUCAGCUGCUCAGCACAACCAUAUUCUUUGACGGCAUUAAAUACGAAGACGCUCUCAAGAUCCUCCAGUACUCAGAGCCUUACAAGGUUCAGUUCACAGUCAAACGGAAACUUCCUGCCAGAGAGGACAAGGAGGGGGCUUCCGGCAGCGCUCAGCGUGCCCCGAGGGGCAGCGAGGAGCAGGACCAGGAUGCGGCCGACGGGUGCACGGAGACCCCCACGAAGAUGCCGCAGGGGGAUGGAGACCAGGAGAGACUCAUCUCCAAGCCCAGGGAGGGCAGAGGCAGGCGACCCCAGAGGGAGCGGCUCUCCUGGCCCAAAUUCCAAGCUCUGAAGAGCAAGCGCGGGCCAGGGCCCCGGAGGUCACACAGCACCUCGGAGGCCUACGAGCGAGGGGACGCGGCCGACCUGUCGCCCACCAGCACAGACACGGAGUCCCAGCUCCCAGCAGAGGAGCAGGCGCCAGAGGCGGGGCCAGGCAGCCAGCGGAGGAGAAGGUUCCCAAACCUGAGAUUCAGGGUGGGCUCAGGGAAAGGCCUGUCGGCCAGGGAGGCCCACGCUGCCGUAGUCCAGGCUGAGGUCCUGCAGGAAGCAGGGCCCAGGGAUGCGGGGCAAGAGGAUGUCGGCAGGGCUGCCGAACACGGCAGGAGAGAGGGCAGGACGGCAGUGGUGUCAGAGGAGGCCAAGCCCCGCGCACAGCCUGGAAUGCCCAGUGAGGGAGCCCUGGGGGGAGGGCCCGGCCCAGAACCCAGACUCCAAACAAAGACAGAAGAGGCCAAGGAGCAGGCGGAGGCUGUGCCCCAAGGGAAAGCAGGGGAGGGCCUGGCCACAGGGCAGAUGAGGGAGGGUGCCGGGCAAGGCGGUGAGGCGCUGGAGACUGGCACUGCCAGGCUGACUCUGCAAGAACCCACAGACCAAGGCAGCCACCAGAACCAUGAACCAGAGAUCCAAAUCCGGAUACCCACCUUGAAGACACCCAAGUUUGGAUUUUCCAAAGAAAAAGUGCUAGAGAAAGAAGGAGGCACAGCAGCUCUCCAGCAGGAGACCCGGCAGAGAAAGGUCUCCGAAAAGGACACGGGGACCACGGGAGCAGAUGUAGGUGAAGCAGAGACACGAAGGACGGAACAACCUGCAGCCCAACUGCCAUCUGAACGUGGCGAAGAAACAGAGGCAGAGGCAGUGCAGAAAUUGGAAGAGGAAAGAAGGCGAGAGGACCAGGAAGAGGAGGGCAGGGAGGGAAAAGUGAAAAUGCUAUUCAAACUGCCCUCAUUUGGGUGGUCACCAGCAAAAGAGCAAAGAGGAGAUAGAGUGAGACAACCACACGCAACAGACAAGGAAAAGAAAAGUGCCAUCACUGGGGUAACUUCACAUACAGACAUAAAAACGAAAGACGGACAAGAAAAAGAGAGCAAGUUCAAAAUGCCCAAAUUCAAGAUGCCGUCCUUCGGCGUGUCGUCGCCGAGCAAGUCGCUGGAGGGCGACCUGUCCCUGGGGGACAAGGAGGUGGCCGCCAGAGACAGCAAGUUCAAAAUGCCCAAGUUCAAGAUGCCGUCCUUCGGCGUGUCGGCGCCGAGCAAGUCGGUCGAGGCCGCCGUGGACGCGUCCCUGCCCAAGGCCCAGGCCGAGGUGUCCCUGCCCUCGGUGCCGGCCGACGUCAAGAGCCCUGAGGUGAGCGCCGAGCUGCCCUCCGCCGACGCCGAGCUGCCCUCCGCCGAGCUGGGCAUCAAGCUCCCCGAGGGCCAGCUGCCCGAGGCGGAGCCCAGGGAAGCGGCGGCGGGAAUCGGGCUCAAGGGCCACCUGCCCAAGGUGCAGAUGCCCAGCGUCAAGGUGCCCAAGGUGGACCUCAAGGCCCCCCAGGUGGACAUCAAGGGGCCCAAACUGGACCUGAAGGGCGCCAAGGCCGAGGUGACGGCCCCCGAGGUGGGGGUGUCGCUGCCCAGCGUGGAGGUGGACACCCAGGUCCCGGGCGCCAAGCUGGAGGGCGACCUGUCCCUGGGGGACAAGGAGGUGGCCGCCAGAGACAGCAAGUUCAAAAUGCCCAAGUUCAAGAUGCCGUCCUUCGGCGUGUCGGCGCCGAGCAAGUCGGUCGAGGCCGCCGUGGACGCGUCCCUGCCCAAGGCCCAGGCCGAGGUGUCCCUGCCCUCGGUGCCGGCCGACGUCAAGAGCCCUGAGGUGAGCGCCGAGCUGCCCUCCGCCGACGCCGAGCUGCCCUCCUCCGAGCUGGGCAUCAAGCUCCCCGAGGGCCAGCUGCCCGAGGCGGAGCCCAGGGAAGCGGCGGCGGGAAUCGGGCUCAAGGCCCACCUGCCCAAGGUGCAGAUGCCCAGCGUCAAGGUGCCCAAGGUGGACCUCAAGGCCCCCCAGGUGGACAUCAAGGGGCCCAAACUGGACCUGAAGGGCGCCAAGGCCGAGGUGACGGCCCCCGAGGUGGGGGUGUCGCUGCCCAGCGUGGAGGUGGACACCCAGGUCCCGGGCGCCAAGCUGGAGGGCGACCUGUCCCUGGGGGACAAGGAGGUGGCCGCCAGAGACAGCAAGUUCAAAAUGCCCAAGUUCAAGAUGCCGUCCUUCGGCGUGUCGGCGCCGAGCAAGUCGGUCGAGGCCGCCGUGGACGCGUCCCUGCCCAAGGCCCAGGCCGAGGUGUCCCUGCCCUCGGUGCCGGCCGACGUCAAGAGCCCUGAGGUGAGCGCCGAGCUGCCCUCCGCCGAGCUGGGCAUCAAGCUCCCCGAGGGCCAGCUGCCCGAGGCGGAGCCCAGGGAAGCGGCGGCGGGAAUCGGGCUCAAGGGCCACCUGCCCAAGGUGCAGAUGCCCAGCGUCAAGGUGCCCAAGGUGGACCUCAAGGCCCCCCAGGUGGACAUCAAGGGGCCCAAACUGGACCUGAAGGGCGCCAAGGCCGAGGUGACGGCCCCCGAGGUGGGGGUGUCGCUGCCCAGCGUGGAGGUGGACACCCAGGUCCCGGGCGCCAAGCUGGAGGGCGACCUGUCCCUGGGGGACAAGGAGGUGGCCGCCAGAGACAGCAAGUUCAAAAUGCCCAAGUUCAAGAUGCCGUCCUUCGGCGUGUCGGCGCCGAGCAAGUCGGUCGAGGCCGCCGUGGACGCGUCCCUGCCCAAGGCCCAGGCCGAGGUGUCCCUGCCCUCGGUGCCGGCCGACGUCAAGAGCCCUGAGGUGAGCGCCGAGCUGCCCUCCGCCGAGCUGGGCAUCAAGCUCCCCGAGGGCCAGCUGCCCGAGGCGGAGCCCAGGGAAGCGGCGGCGGGAAUCGGGCUCAAGGGCCACCUGCCCAAGGUGCAGAUGCCCAGCGUCAAGGUGCCCAAGGUGGACCUCAAGGCCCCCCAGGUGGACAUCAAGGGGCCCAAACUGGACCUGAAGGGCGCCAAGGCCGAGGUGACGGCCCCCGAGGUGGGGGUGUCGCUGCCCAGCGUGGAGGUGGACACCCAGGUCCCGGGCGCCAAGCUGGAGGGCGACCUGUCCCUGGGGGACAAGGAGGUGGCCGCCAGAGACAGCAAGUUCAAAAUGCCCAAGUUCAAGAUGCCGUCCUUCGGCGUGUCGGCGCCGAGCAAGUCGGUCGAGGCCGCCGUGGACGCGUCCCUGCCCAAGGCCCAGGCCGAGGUGUCCCUGCCCUCGGUGCCGGCCGACGUCAAGAGCCCUGAGGUGAGCGCCGAGCUGCCCUCCGCCGACGCCGAGCUGCCCUCCGCCGAGCUGGGCAUCAAGCUCCCCGAGGGCCAGCUGCCCGAGGCGGAGCCCAGGGAAGCGGCGGCGGGAAUCGGGCUCAAGGGCCACCUGCCCAAGGUGCAGAUGCCCAGCGUCAAGGUGCCCAAGGUGGACCUCAAGGCCCCCCAGGUGGACAUCAAGGGGCCCAAACUGGACCUGAAGGGCGCCAAGGCCGAGGUGACGGCCCCCGAGGUGGGGGUGUCGCUGCCCAGCAUGGAGGUGGACACCCAGGUCCCGGGCGCCAAGCUGGAGGGCGACCUGUCCCUGGGGGACAAGGAGGUGGCCGCCAGAGACAGCAAGUUCAAAAUGCCCAAGUUCAAGAUGCCGUCCUUCGGCGUGUCGGCGCCGAGCAGGUCGGUCGAGGCCGCCGUGGACGCGUCCCUGCCCAAGGCCCAGGCCGAGGUGUCCCUGCCCUCGGUGCCGGCCGACGUCAAGAGCCCUGAGGUGAGCGCCGAGCUGCCCUCCGCCGAGCUGGGCAUCAAGCUCCCCGAGGGCCAGCUGCCCGAGGCGGAGCCCAGGGAAGCGGCGGCGGGAAUCGGGCUCAAGGGCCACCUGCCCAAGGUGCAGAUGCCCAGCGUCAAGGUGCCCAAGGUGGACCUCAAGGCCCCCCAGGUGGACAUCAAGGGGCCCAAACUGGACCUGAAGGGCGCCAAGGCCGAGGUGACGGCCCCCGAGGUGGGGGUGUCGCUGCCCAGCGUGGAGGUGGACACCCAGGUCCCGGGCGCCAAGCUGGAGGGCGACCUGUCCCUGGGGGACAAGGAGGUGGCCGCCAGAGACAGCAAGUUCAAAAUGCCCAAGUUCAAGAUGCCGUCCUUCGGCGUGUCGGCGCCGAGCAAGUCGGUCGAGGCCGCCGUGGACGCGUCCCUGCCCAAGGCCCAGGCCGAGGUGUCCCUGCCCUCGGUGCCGGCCGACGUCAAGAGCCCUGAGGUGAGCGCCGAGCUGCCCUCCGCCGACGCCGAGCUGCCCUCCGCCGAGCUGGGCAUCAAGCUCCCCGAGGGCCAGCUGCCCGAGGCGGAGCCCAGGGAAGCGGCGGCGGGAAUCGGGCUCAAGGGCCACCUGCCCAAGGUGCAGAUGCCCAGCGUCAAGGUGCCCAAGGUGGACCUCAAGGCCCCCCAGGUGGACAUCAAGGGGCCCAAACUGGACCUGAAGGGCGCCAAGGCCGAGGUGACGGCCCCCGAGGUGGGGGUGUCGCUGCCCAGCGUGGAGGUGGACACCCAGGUCCCGGGCGCCAAGCUGGAGGGCGACCUGUCCCUGGGGGACAAGGAGGUGGCCGCCAGAGACAGCAAGUUCAAAAUGCCCAAGUUCAAGAUGCCGUCCUUCGGCGUGUCGGCGCCGAGCAAGUCGGUCGAGGCCGCCGUGGACGCGUCCCUGCCCAAGGCCCAGGCCGAGGUGUCCCUGCCCUCGGUGCCCGCCGACGUCAAGAGCCCUGAGGUGAGCGCCGAGCUGCCCUCCGCCGAGCUGGGCAUCAAGCUCCCCGAGGGCCAGCUGCCCGAGGCGGAGCCCAGGGAAGCGGCGGCGGGAAUCGGGCUCAAGGGCCACCUGCCCAAGGUGCAGAUGCCCAGCGUCAAGGUGCCCAAGGUGGACCUCAAGGCCCCCCAGGUGGACAUCAAGGGGCCCAAACUGGACCUGAAGGGCGCCAAGGCCGAGGUGACGGCCCCCGAGGUGGGGGUGUCGCUGCCCAGCGUGGAGGUGGACACCCAGGUCCCGGGCGCCAAGCUGGAGGGCGACCUGUCCCUGGGGGACAAGGAGGUGGCCGCCAGAGACAGCAAGUUCAAAAUGCCCAAGUUCAAGAUGCCGUCCUUCGGCGUGUCGGCGCCGAGCAAGUCGGUCGAGGCCGCCGUGGACGCGUCCCUGCCCAAGGCCCAGGCCGAGGUGUCCCUGCCCUCGGUGCCGGCCGACGUCAAGAGCCCUGAGGUGAGCGCCGAGCUGCCCUCCGCCGAGCUGGGCAUCAAGCUCCCCGAGGGCCAGCUGCCCGAGGCGGAGCCCAGGGAAGCGGCGGCGGGAAUCGGGCUCAAGGGCCACCUGCCCAAGGUGCAGAUGCCCAGCGUCAAGGUGCCCAAGGUGGACCUCAAGGCCCCCCAGGUGGACAUCAAGGGGCCCAAACUGGACCUGAAGGGCGCCAAGGCCGAGGUGACGGCCCCCGAGGUGGGGGUGUCGCUGCCCAGCGUGGAGGUGGACACCCAGGUCCCGGGCGCCAAGCUGGAGGGCGACCUGUCCCUGGGGGACAAGGAGGUGGCCGCCAGAGACAGCAAGUUCAAAAUGCCCAAGUUCAAGAUGCCGUCCUUCGGCGUGUCGGCGCCGAGCAAGUCGGUCGAGGCCGCCGUGGACGCGUCCCUGCCCAAGGCCCAGGCCGAGGUGUCCCUGCCCUCGGUGCCGGCCGACGUCAAGAGCCCUGAGGUGAGCGCCGAGCUGCCCUCCGCCGAGCUGGGCAUCAAGCUCCCCGAGGGCCAGCUGCCCGAGGCGGAGCCCAGGGAAGCGGCGGCGGGAAUCGGGCUCAAGGGCCACCUGCCCAAGGUGCAGAUGCCCAGCGUCAAGGUGCCCAAGGUGGACCUCAAGGCCCCCCAGGUGGACAUCAAGGGGCCCAAACUGGACCUGAAGGGCGCCAAGGCCGAGGUGACGGCCCCCGAGGUGGGGGUGUCGCUGCCCAGCGUGGAGGUGGACACCCAGGUCCCGGGCGCCAAGCUGGAGGGCGACCUGUCCCUGGGGGACAAGGAGGUGGCCGCCAGAGACAGCAAGUUCAAAAUGCCCAAGUUCAAGAUGCCGUCCUUCGGCGUGUCGGCGCCGAGCAGGUCGGUCGAGGCCGCCGUGGACGCGUCCCUGCCCAAGGCCCAGGCCGAGGUGUCCCUGCCCUCGGUGCCGGCCGACGUCAAGAGCCCUGAGGUGAGCGCCGAGGUGCCCUCCGCCGAGCUGGGCAUCAAGCUCCCCGAGGGCCAGCUGCCCGAGGCGGAGCCCAGGGAAGCGGCGGCGGGAAUCGGGCUCAAGGGCCACCUGCCCAAGGUGCAGAUGCCCAGCGUCAAGGUGCCCAAGGUGGACCUCAAGGCCCCCCAGGUGGACAUCAAGGGGCCCAAACUGGACCUGAAGGGCGCCAAGGCCGAGGUGACGGCCCCCGAGGUGGGGGUGUCGCUGCCCAGCGUGGAGGUGGACACCCAGGUCCCGGGCGCCAAGCUGGAGGGCGACCUGUCCCUGGGGGACAAGGAGGUGGCCGCCAGAGACAGCAAGUUCAAAAUGCCCAAGUUCAAGAUGCCGUCCUUCGGCGUGUCGGCGCCGAGCAAGUCGGUCGAGGCCGCCGUGGACGCGUCCCUGCCCAAGGCCCAGGCCGAGGUGUCCCUGCCCUCGGUGCCGGCCGACGUCAAGAGCCCUGAGGUGAGCGCCGAGCUGCCCUCCGCCGAGCUGGGCAUCAAGCUCCCCGAGGGCCAGCUGCCCGAGGCGGAGCCCAGGGAAGCGGCGGCGGGAAUCGGGCUCAAGGGCCACCUGCCCAAGGUGCAGAUGCCCAGCGUCAAGGUGCCCAAGGUGGACCUCAAGGCCCCCCAGGUGGACAUCAAGGGGCCCAAACUGGACCUGAAGGGCGCCAAGGCCGAGGUGACGGCCCCCGAGGUGGGGGUGUCGCUGCCCAGCGUGGAGGUGGACACCCAGGUCCCGGGCGCCAAGCUGGAGGGCGACCUGUCCCUGGGGGACAAGGAGGUGGCCGCCAGAGACAGCAAGUUCAAAAUGCCCAAGUUCAAGAUGCCGUCCUUCGGCGUGUCGGCGCCGAGCAAGUCGGUCGAGGCCGCCGUGGACGCGUCCCUGCCCAAGGCCCAGGCCGAGGUGUCCCUGCCCUCGGUGCCCGCCGACGUCAAGAGCCCUGAGGUGAGCGCCGAGCUGCCCUCCGCCGAGCUGGGCAUCAAGCUCCCCGAGGGCCAGCUGCCCGAGGCGGAGCCCAGGGAAGCGGCGGCGGGAAUCGGGCUCAAGGGCCACCUGCCCAAGGUGCAGAUGCCCAGCGUCAAGGUGCCCAAGGUGGACCUCAAGGCCCCCCAGGUGGACAUCAAGGGGCCCAAACUGGACCUGAAGGGCGCCAAGGCCGAGGUGACGGCCCCCGAGGUGGGGGUGUCGCUGCCCAGCGUGGAGGUGGACACCCAGGUCCCGGGCGCCAAGCUGGAGGGCGACCUGUCCCUGGGGGACAAGGAGGUGGCCGCCAGAGACAGCAAGUUCAAAAUGCCCAAGUUCAAGAUGCCGUCCUUCGGCGUGUCGGCGCCGAGCAGGUCGGUCGAGGCCGCCGUGGACGCGUCCCUGCCCAAGGCCCAGGCCGAGGUGUCCCUGCCCUCGGUGCCGGCCGACGUCAAGAGCCCUGAGGUGAGCGCCGAGGUGCCCUCCGCCGAGCUGGGCAUCAAGCUCCCCGAGGGCCAGCUGCCCGAGGCGGAGCCCAGGGAAGCGGCGGCGGGAAUCGGGCUCAAGGGCCACCUGCCCAAGGUGCAGAUGCCCAGCGUCAAGGUGCCCAAGGUGGACCUCAAGGCCCCCCAGGUGGACAUCAAGGGGCCCAAACUGGACCUGAAGGGCGCCAAGGCCGAGGUGACGGCCCCCGAGGUGGGGGUGUCGCUGCCCAGCGUGGAGGUGGACACCCAGGUCCCGGGCGCCAAGCUGGAGGGCGACCUGUCCCUGGGGGACAAGGAGGUGGCCGCCAGAGACAGCAAGUUCAAAAUGCCCAAGUUCAAGAUGCCGUCCUUCGGCGUGUCGGCGCCGAGCAAGUCGGUCGAGGCCGCCGUGGACGCGUCCCUGCCCAAGGCCCAGGCCGAGGUGUCCCUGCCCUCGGUGCCGGCCGACGUCAAGAGCCCUGAGGUGAGCGCCGAGGUGCCCUCCGCCGAGCUGGGCAUCAAGCUCCCCGAGGGCCAGCUGCCCGAGGCGGAGCCCAGGGAAGCGGCGGCGGGAAUCGGGCUCAAGGGCCACCUGCCCAAGGUGCAGAUGCCCAGCGUCAAGGUGCCCAAGGUGGACCUCAAGGCCCCCCAGGUGGACAUCAAGGGGCCCAAACUGGACCUGAAGGGCGCCAAGGCCGAGGUGACGGCCCCCGAGGUGGGGGUGUCGCUGCCCAGCGUGGAGGUGGACACCCAGGUCCCGGGCGCCAAGCUGGAGGGCGACCUGUCCCUGGGGGACAAGGAGGUGGCCGCCAGAGACAGCAAGUUCAAAAUGCCCAAGUUCAAGAUGCCGUCCUUCGGCGUGUCGGCGCCGAGCAAGUCGGUCGAGGCCGCCGUGGACGCGUCCCUGCCCAAGGCCCAGGCCGAGGUGUCCCUGCCCUCGGUGCCGGCCGACGUCAAGAGCCCUGAGGUGAGCGCCGAGCUGCCCUCCGCCGAGCUGGGCAUCAAGCUCCCCGAGGGCCAGCUGCCCGAGGCGGAGCCCAGGGAAGCGGCGGCGGGAAUCGGGCUCAAGGGCCACCUGCCCAAGGUGCAGAUGCCCAGCGUCAAGGUGCCCAAGGUGGACCUCAAGGCCCCCCAGGUGGACAUCAAGGGGCCCAAACUGGACCUGAAGGGCGCCAAGGCCGAGGUGACGGCCCCCGAGGUGGGGGUGUCGCUGCCCAGCGUGGAGGUGGACACCCAGGUCCCGGGCGCCAAGCUGGAGGGCGACCUGUCCCUGGGGGACAAGGAGGUGGCCGCCAGAGACAGCAAGUUCAAAAUGCCCAAGUUCAAGAUGCCGUCCUUCGGCGUGUCGGCGCCGAGCAAGUCGGUCGAGGCCGCCGUGGACGCGUCCCUGCCCAAGGCCCAGGCCGAGGUGUCCCUGCCCUCGGUGCCCGCCGACGUCAAGAGCCCUGAGGUGAGCGCCGAGCUGCCCUCCGCCGAGCUGGGCAUCAAGCUCCCCGAGGGCCAGCUGCCCGAGGCGGAGCCCAGGGAAGCGGCGGCGGGAAUCGGGCUCAAGGGCCACCUGCCCAAGGUGCAGAUGCCCAGCGUCAAGGUGCCCAAGGUGGACCUCAAGGCCCCCCAGGUGGACAUCAAGGGGCCCAAACUGGACCUGAAGGGCGCCAAGGCCGAGGUGACGGCCCCCGAGGUGGGGGUGUCGCUGCCCAGCGUGGAGGUGGACACCCAGGUCCCGGGCGCCAAGCUGGAGGGCGACCUGUCCCUGGGGGACAAGGAGGUGGCCGCCAGAGACAGCAAGUUCAAAAUGCCCAAGUUCAAGAUGCCGUCCUUCGGCGUGUCGGCGCCGAGCAGGUCGGUCGAGGCCGCCGUGGACGCGUCCCUGCCCAAGGCCCAGGCCGAGGUGUCCCUGCCCUCGGUGCCGGCCGACGUCAAGAGCCCUGAGGUGAGCGCCGAGGUGCCCUCCGCCGAGCUGGGCAUCAAGCUCCCCGAGGGCCAGCUGCCCGAGGCGGAGCCCAGGGAAGCGGCGGCGGGAAUCGGGCUCAAGGGCCACCUGCCCAAGGUGCAGAUGCCCAGCGUCAAGGUGCCCAAGGUGGACCUCAAGGCCCCCCAGGUGGACAUCAAGGGGCCCAAACUGGACCUGAAGGGCGCCAAGGCCGAGGUGACGGCCCCCGAGGUGGGGGUGUCGCUGCCCAGCGUGGAGGUGGACACCCAGGUCCCGGGCGCCAAGCUGGAGGGCGACCUGUCCCUGGGGGACAAGGAGGUGGCCGCCAGAGACAGCAAGUUCAAAAUGCCCAAGUUCAAGAUGCCGUCCUUCGGCGUGUCGGCGCCGAGCAAGUCGGUCGAGGCCGCCGUGGACGCAUCCCUGCCCAAGGCCCAGGCCGAGGUGUCCCUGCCCUCGGUGCCGGCCGACGUCAAGAGCCCUGAGGUGAGCGCCGAGCUGCCCUCCGCCGAGCUGGGCAUCAAGCUCCCCGAGGGCCAGCUGCCCGAGGCGGAGCCCAGGGAAGCGGCGGCGGGAAUCGGGCUCAAGGGCCACCUGCCCAAGGUGCAGAUGCCCAGCGUCAAGGUGCCCAAGGUGGACCUCAAGGCCCCCCAGGUGGACAUCAAGGGGCCCAAACUGGACCUGAAGGGCGCCAAGGCCGAGGUGACGGCCCCCGAGGUGGGGGUGUCGCUGCCCAGCAUGGAGGUGGACACCCAGGUCCCGGGCGCCAAGCUGGAGGGCGACCUGUCCCUGGGGGACAAGGAGGUGGCCGCCAGAGACAGCAAGUUCAAAAUGCCCAAGUUCAAGAUGCCGUCCUUCGGCGUGUCGGCGCCGAGCAGGUCGGUCGAGGCCGCCGUGGACGCGUCCCUGCCCAAGGCCCAGGCCGAGGUGUCCCUGCCCUCGGUGCCGGCCGACGUCAAGAGCCCUGAGGUGAGCGCCGAGGUGCCCUCCGCCGAGCUGGGCAUCAAGCUCCCCGAGGGCCAGCUGCCCGAGGCGGAGCCCAGGGAAGCGGCGGCGGGAAUCGGGCUCAAGGGCCACCUGCCCAAGGUGCAGAUGCCCAGCGUCAAGGUGCCCAAGGUGGACCUCAAGGCCCCCCAGGUGGACAUCAAGGGGCCCAAACUGGACCUGAAGGGCGCCAAGGCCGAGGUGACGGCCCCCGAGGUGGGGGUGUCGCUGCCCAGCGUGGAGGUGGACACCCAGGUCCCGGGCGCCAAGCUGGAGGGCGACCUGUCCCUGGGGGACAAGGAGGUGGCCGCCAGAGACAGCAAGUUCAAAAUGCCCAAGUUCAAGAUGCCGUCCUUCGGCGUGUCGGCGCCGAGCAAGUCGGUCGAGGCCGCCGUGGACGCGUCCCUGCCCAAGGCCCAGGCCGAGGUGUCCCUGCCCUCGGUGCCGGCCGACGUCAAGAGCCCUGAGGUGAGCGCCGAGCUGCCCUCCGCCGAGCUGGGCAUCAAGCUCCCCGAGGGCCAGCUGCCCGAGGCGGAGCCCAGGGAAGCGGCGGCGGGAAUCGGGCUCAAGGCCCACCUGCCCAAGGUGCAGAUGCCCAGCGUCAAGGUGCCCAAGGUGGACCUCAAGGCCCCCCAGGUGGACAUCAAGGGGCCCAAACUGGACCUGAAGGGCGCCAAGGCCGAGGUGACGGCCCCCGAGGUGGGGGUGUCGCUGCCCAGCGUGGAGGUGGACACCCAGGUCCCGGGCGCCAAGCUGGAGGGCGACCUGUCCCUGGGGGACAAGGAGGUGGCCGCCAGAGACAGCAAGUUCAAAAUGCCCAAGUUCAAGAUGCCGUCCUUCGGCGUGUCGGCGCCGAGCAAGUCGGUCGAGGCCGCCGUAGACGCGUCCCUGCCCAAGGCCCAGGCCGAGGUGUCCCUGCCCUCGGUGCCGGCCGACGUCAAGAGCCCUGAGGUGAGCGCCGAGCUGCCCUCCUCCGACGCCGAGCUGCCCUCCGCCGAGCUGGGCAUCAAGCUCCCCGAGGGCCAGCUGCCCGAGGCGGAGCCCAGGGAAGCGGCGGCGGGAAUCGGGCUCAAGGGCCACCUGCCCAAGGUGCAGAUGCCCAGCGUCAAGGUGCCCAAGGUGGACCUCAAGGCCCCCCAGGUGGACAUCAAGGGGCCCAAACUGGACCUGAAGGGCGCCAAGGCCGAGGUGACGGCCCCCGAGGUGGGGGUGUCGCUGCCCAGCGUGGAGGUGGACACCCAGGUCCCGGGCGCCAAGCUGGAGGGCGACCUGUCCCUGGGGGACAAGGAGGUGGCCGCCAGAGACAGCAAGUUCAAAAUGCCCAAGUUCAAGAUGCCGUCCUUCGGCGUGUCGGCGCCGAGCAAGUCGGUCGAGGCCGCCGUGGACGCGUCCCUGCCCAAGGCCCAGGCCGAGGUGUCCCUGCCCUCGGUGCCGGCCGACGUCAAGAGCCCUGAGGUGAGCGCCGAGCUGCCCUCCGCCGAGCUGGGCAUCAAGCUCCCCGAGGGCCAGCUGCCCGAGGCGGAGCCCAGGGAAGCGGCGGCGCGAAUCGGGCUCAAGGGCCACCUGCCCAAGGUGCAGAUGCCCAGCGUCAAGGUGCCCAAGGUGGACCUCAAGGCCCCCCAGGUGGACAUCAAGGGGCCCAAACUGGACCUGAAGGGCGCCAAGGCCGAGGUGACGGCCCCCGAGGUGGGGGUGUCGCUGCCCAGCGUGGAGGUGGACACCCAGGUCCCGGGCGCCAAGCUGGAGGGCGACCUGUCCCUGGGGGACAAGGAGGUGGCCGCCAGAGACAGCAAGUUCAAAAUGCCCAAGUUCAAGAUGCCGUCCUUCGGCGUGUCGGCGCCGAGCAAGUCGGUCGAGGCCGCCGUGGACGCGUCCCUGCCCAAGGCCCAGGCCGAGGUGUCCCUGCCCUCGGUGCCGGCCGACGUCAAGAGCCCUGAGGUGAGCGCCGAGCUGCCCUCCGCCGAGCUGGGCAUCAAGCUCCCCGAGGGCCAGCUGCCCGAGGCGGAGCCCAGGGAAGCGGCGGCGGGAAUCGGGCUCAAGGGCCACCUGCCCAAGGUGCAGAUGCCCAGCGUCAAGGUGCCCAAGGUGGACCUCAAGGCCCCCCAGGUGGACAUCAAGGGGCCCAAACUGGACCUGAAGGGCGCCAAGGCCGAGGUGACGGCCCCCGAGGUGGGGGUGUCGCUGCCCAGCGUGGAGGUGGACACCCAGGUCCCGGGCGCCAAGCUGGAGGGCGACCUGUCCCUGGGGGACAAGGAGGUGGCCGCCAGAGACAGCAAGUUCAAAAUGCCCAAGUUCAAGAUGCCGUCCUUCGGCGUGUCGGCGCCGAGCAAGUCGGUCGAGGCCGCCGUGGACGCGUCCCUGCCCAAGGCCCAGGCCGAGGUGUCCCUGCCCUCGGUGCCGGCCGACGUCAAGAGCCCUGAGGUGAGCGCCGAGCUGCCCUCCGCCGAGCUGGGCAUCAAGCUCCCCGAGGGCCAGCUGCCCGAGGCGGAGCCCAGGGAAGCGGCGGCGGGAAUCGGGCUCAAGGCCCACCUGCCCAAGGUGCAGAUGCCCAGCGUCAAGGUGCCCAAGGUGGACCUCAAGGCCCCCCAGGUGGACAUCAAGGGGCCCAAACUGGACCUGAAGGGCGCCAAGGCCGAGGUGACGGCCCCCGAGGUGGGGGUGUCGCUGCCCAGCGUGGAGGUGGACACCCAGGUCCCGGGCGCCAAGCUGGAGGGCGACCUGUCCCUGGGGGACAAGGAGGUGGCCGCCAGAGACAGCAAGUUCAAAAUGCCCAAGUUCAAGAUGCCGUCCUUCGGCGUGUCGGCGCCGAGCAAGUCGGUCGAGGCCGCCGUGGACGCGUCCCUGCCCAAGGCCCAGGCCGAGGUGUCCCUGCCCUCGGUGCCGGCCGACGUCAAGAGCCCUGAGGUGAGCGCCGAGCUGCCCUCCGCCGAGCUGGGCAUCAAGCUCCCCGAGGGCCAGCUGCCCGAGGCGGAGCCCAGGGAAGCGGCGGCGGGAAUCGGGCUCAAGGGCCACCUGCCCAAGGUGCAGAUGCCCAGCGUCAAGGUGCCCAAGGUGGACCUCAAGGCCCCCCAGGUGGACAUCAAGGGGCCCAAACUGGACCUGAAGGGCGCCAAGGCCGAGGUGACGGCCCCCGAGGUGGGGGUGUCGCUGCCCAGCGUGGAGGUGGACACCCAGGUCCCGGGCGCCAAGCUGGAGGGCGACCUGUCCCUGGGGGACAAGGAGGUGGCCGCCAGAGACAGCAAGUUCAAAAUGCCCAAGUUCAAGAUGCCGUCCUUCGGCGUGUCGGCGCCGAGCAAGUCGGUCGAGGCCGCCGUGGACGCGUCCCUGCCCAAGGCCCAGGCCGAGGUGUCCCUGCCCUCGGUGCCGGCCGACGUCAAGAGCCCUGAGGUGAGCGCCGAGCUGCCCUCCGCCGAGCUGGGCAUCAAGCUCCCCGAGGGCCAGCUGCCCGAGGCGGAGCCCAGGGAAGCGGCGGCGGGAAUCGGGCUCAAGGGCCACCUGCCCAAGGUGCAGAUGCCCAGCGUCAAGGUGCCCAAGGUGGACCUCAAGGCCCCCCAGGUGGACAUCAAGGGGCCCAAACUGGACCUGAAGGGCGCCAAGGCCGAGGUGACGGCCCCCGAGGUGGGGGUGUCGCUGCCCAGCGUGGAGGUGGACACCGAGGUUGUGGUUCCGAAGCCUGCUGGUGAGCUGUCCCUGGUCGUUAAGGAUUUAACCUUGAGAGAUUAUAGCACUGAAUAUGAAGGUGUAGCUGAAAUUCAAACCAAGAAAUCUCUUGUUAAAUUCCCGAAAGUUUUCUCAUCUUCUGGGAAAUCUUCUAAAACUUCUGUAGUAGGCUGUGUUGUUUCAGCGGUUCCUCAUCCCCCACCCACGUCUGUCCUGCCCUCAGACUUCAGUACUAGUCAAUAUUUGACACAGGAUUUGUCCACCAGGGAGACGUCACUGCCUUUUCCAAGGCUGGGAUGGCCGGGUGUUUCGGGCAGCCUUGAUCUCCGUGGUAGCCAUCCCGAGUCUUCCUCCCUCUCUCCCGUUGAGGGCAUCACACUCACAAAGUACAUGGUGACUCUCCCUGGCACCGCCGUUGCCCCAGAGCUCCCUCUGGAAACCUCUCCUGGUGCCGAGAACGAUGCCUGUGUCUCCAGCACUGAACAUCCUGCUGGGCUUCCCCCCGCGGAGACCGCUUCCCCAUUUGAGACGGACAGUCCUCCCGGCCCUGUGGACCCCUUGGUUCUUGCGUCUUACGGUCGGGUGACUUUUCCUACGUUUCAUCGACCCAAGUUCGGGUUUUCUGCCCGCGAAGCAGCAGAUGCUGAGGUGGAGGCUGGUGCUGUGUGUUGUGCCCCUGCCCUGUCCACCCCCUGCUCUGCACGGGUCCUGGACUCGCCCGCCGUGCCAGGCAGCGCCGGGCCGUCGGUGGCGGCUGCAGGCGAGGCCCCCGCUGGUGUCACUGAGCGUGGAGGGAAAGGGAGUCCUUUAAACGUGCCGAGGAUCAGGCUUCCAUCCCUCAGGUGGUCCCCAAAGAAGGUGGCGGGAUCCCCAGGGGACCCUGCGCGCAGCCUGGAUGAUGCAGAGCUCAGCGCAGCCGUGGACGCACGUCGGACGGGCGCCCUGCCUGUGCCAACCGCGGAGCUGCCCACAGAGGCAGCCCUGGAGCCGCGUGAAGAGGCGCGGGGUGCGAAGACACCUGGUCUCGCAGUGGUUGGACACGCACCUCCCACCGUGCGGGCUGCAGACGGAGGGCCCAUCCUGCUGCAGGGACGCCCCUCUGCCUCACCCUCGAGCCCUCCCGUGAGGGACGGCUCUGUUCCCGCAGAGACGGCUCCUAGUGAGACGCGUGCCGGAGGCGCUGGCAUCGUGGACCCCCAUCUGCCACAGAAUCACGCUCCCCUUUUGGACUUCGCCAAACCUGACCUCAGAUCCAGCAAGCCCACGGUGGGGGCGAGCUUGUCUGCUGGUGACCCUUUUCCCAAACACGGCCCGUCCCUUGUCGAUGGCGGCCGGGGGCACGGGCUCGGCGCCGGCUCGGCAAGCCAGCCUCGUGUGGAGGUGACGGCCCCCUCGUCAGGCGACCCCUCGCUGCCGUCCUGCAGAAGAGCGGAGGCGGACGCGCCCGCAGCGGAGAGCCCGGGCUCGCCCGGGGGCUGGGUUAUGAUGCCUGAGGUCCGCCUGCCCAGCGUCCGGCGCCCUGCCAGGGAGACCGGGGGGGCCGGGACACCGGGGGCAGCGAUGCCCAUGCCUGCUGCCUGCGCACUGAGGGAAGGAGAAGGCCCAGCGCCAGUCACGGGUCAGGGCGUUCCUGGGUCCGAGGUGGAGGCAGCUACGUCCCUGCAGCCCCCGAAGGCAGGUGCAGACGAGGCGGCUGCGGAGAUCGCAUCGUAUGCAGACAUCGCGUGGUAUGCAGACAUCACAUCGUAUGCAGACGUUCUAAAGAGGAACCUUGAGGGCGAAGGCUCAGAGCUGCACCUCCCUGCUGCCGGGGUGUCCGCUGCGGACCUUUCGACUUCCGAGGUCAGGGUCCGUCCAGGCGAAGGCUCCCUCCCUCUUCAGAUGCCCAGUGGGAGACGUUCAGGAACCCAAGCUUCUCCGGGAGAAAUGGGCACAGCUCGUCCUGCUGGGCCCGCAGGACCGGACCUUGCCGGCAGAGAGGGCAGGGCCAAGGAACAGUCCUCCCAGCCCGAAGGGCCUGUUAAACUGAAGGCGUCCAGGACCGCCGGGCCAUCCCAGGUUUCCGUAGUUAACGUGGGUCAGCCCUUGGAAGGCUCCGUGGUAACUGUCAAACUGCCCAGGUUAAGCGUGCCAAGGUUCGCCUUCCCUGAUCCCAGCUCCGAGGCUGACAUCUUUAUCCCCACCGUGACGGAAGUGCAGUGCCCGGGGCGCAGCCUUGACGACGCCCUGCUCGCAGAAAGCCCUGGAGCGUGGGGCGCCCGCAUCCUGAAGGCAGGUUCUGGGACCCCUGGGGAGCAGCCCGUGGCCCUUGACCUUUCCCCGGAAGCUUCCCCCAUUUCCAAGGUCAGAGCGCACGUUCAGGGUGCUCAGGGAGAGAGCCCUGAGGUCACCAUCCACAGCAGGGUGAUAGCGGCGUUGGCUGACCCCUCGGGACCCGAGGCUGUUCCCACCCGGAUCGUGCGGGAAUCGCAGAUCCCUUCAUCCGAGAUCCAAACAGCUUCUUACGGAUUUUCGUUGCUGAAGGUGAAGAUCCCAGAGCCCCCCACACAGGGGAGAGUCCAAGGCUCCCGGCCGAGGGAGGGCCUGCAGGAGGCUCCCAGACGCGCCGCCCGGGGAGCAGACGCCGUUUCCGGAGACCCGCAGCCGGACGCCGGAGAGCCGUUGGAAGUGAUCUCGCCUGGUGCCGGUGAGCCUAGACGGCCCGCGUUCUCACCGGAAGUGCGCUCUGGCCACCAGGGCACGGACAGCUGCUCCGACGAGGAGCCUGCAGAAAUUCUUGAAUUUCCCCCGGAAGAAGACAGCGGGGAGGCAGCCGCCCCCCUGGCAGAGGGAGACAGGACUCCCAAAGAGAAACCAGAAGGUAAAAGAUCCGGUUUGUUCAGGUUUUGGCUUCCAAACAUUGGGUUUUCUUCCUCCGCCGAAGAGACACACGCUGAUUCCAGAGAUGAAGGCCGCGGGCCGGCUCCUGUCCAGACACAGCCUGGGCCACAGCCCGAGGCAGAGCUGCCUAAGAAGCCCGAAAAGGUGGGCUGGUUUCGAUUUCCCAAAUUAGGGUUCUCCUCCUCUCCCACCAAGAAAAGCAAAAGCUCUGAAGACGAAGCAGCUCUAGCAGACCCAAAACUCCAAGAAGAAGCCAUCACGUUCUUUGAUGCCCAAGAGAGCUUCUCCCCCGAGGACAAGGAGGGCGGGGAGCCGCCGGAGGCCGCGGGCGCUGGACCAGGCGCCCGCGUGAUGGUCACGUCUGCAGCAAGAACGGAGCUGAUCCUGCUGGAGCAGGACCCAGAGGGCAGGGACGAACCUGCGCCUGGGCCUGCCGCCAAGUGAGGACAGUCGGACGGUGCAAAGCGGAGGCUGCGUGAAGCUCCCAUCCUGAGGACACGUGUGUCCACCUUGAUUCACAGAACCGAGAGCGAAGCAGAGAAGCCUGAGAACAGCAGGGCCGCCCCCCCCACAGCCCUCCCAAAGCGGGACCCACAUGUGUCCGCCCCCCAGGCCUUGUCAGCAAAGGCAGCACCCCGACUCCCAACAAGACUCCGGCCCCAUGCGGGGUCCUGUGCUCCUGAGGGUCUUUAUUAGAUACACGUUCCUCGAGACCCCCGCCCACGAGGCCCGCGAGAACACAGCGGCUGCUCGGAAAAGGGGCUGUGGUAGCUGCGGGUGCAGAAGUGGUUUGGGGUUCAGCGGCUGUCCUGCUGCUGCUUUGUGGUGGAGGCCCUUUCCCAGCUUCCGGCAGAGGCCGGUGUGCUCCAGGAAGCCCGUUCCCUGCUCGCUUAGAAGCAGCUCACUCCACCGCUGGACGUCUCGCUAAGGCACGCUCCGGGGUGCAGAGGCGCUGGGCUGGGGGCGGGCGAGCCAGCAGAGGUGGUUCAGACAGACGUCUGUAGGCGUCCCUUUGCCCGCUGGCGCCCUGCCCGGCGUGCCCAGCCCCGUGCGUGGCCCCCAGCCCCUCGGUGUACCCCGCAGCCAGGCUGCAGGUGGGACCUGCUUGGCUGCUCCCUGGACGCUGGGUGGGUAAUAAAGGAAGAGCUGCCCCCGAGACGGCUGCGAGGUCUUUU